AUAAUUGGUAAAAUAGACCGGCUUAUUAGGGUUUGGUUUUCGGAGGUCUAUGCUGAGACGAAUUACAUUCCACGAGUGCGUAUCAAAUCUUCUCUUUCUCUCUCUACCAUCAUCAAUUUUCUCUCUCUUCAAAGUCGAUCUCGUCGCUUAUCCAAGGCAGAAAGUUGUUUCACCUAAUGGCAGGACAGAGAAAUAAUCACGGUAAGCGAGCUCAUUCCCUGGAUCGUUCUGAGAAUGGUAGGAAUAAACGAAGAAGUUCAGGUGAAGAUCCUUUUUCAAUUGGAACAGAUGAUACUGUAUACCGCUACUUGUGCCCUGCGACAAAAAUUGGAAGCAUUAUUGGCAGGGGAGGGGAGAUUGUCAAACAAUUGAGAUUGGACACCAAAGCAAAGAUCAGAAUUGGUGAGACUGUGCCAGGAUGUGAUGAGCGGGUCGUGACGAUUUAUAGUGCGAGUGAAGAAACAAAUUCCUUUGAUGAAAUGGAUUCUCAGGUUUGUCCAGCCCAGGAUGCACUCUUUAGGGUGCAUGACAGAGUGAUUGCUGAGGAUGCAGGUGCUGAUGAUGAGCCUGAAGGUAAUCAAAAUGUUACUGCUCGGCUGCUUGUCCCUUCUGAUCAGAUUGGAUGUAUUAUUGGUAAAGGUGGUCAGAUAGUUCAAACAAUUCGUAGCGAAACUGGUGCUCAGAUACGGAUUUUAAAGGAUGAUCAUUUGCCGGCAUGUGCCUUAAGCACUGAUGAACUUUUGCAGAUAUCUGGAGUAGCUGUAGUCGUGAGGAAAGCUUUAUUCCAGAUUGCUUCCCGUCUUCAUGAUAAUCCUUCACGAUCACAACACAUGCUGACGUCUGCUGUACCUCCUAGUCUGUAUCCUUCAGCAGGCUCACUCAUUGGGGCACCUGGUGGUGCUCCUAUUUUUGCUCCUAUUGUUGGUUCUUAUGGAGGAUACAAAGCUGAGAGGGGAGAUUGGCCUCGUUCUGGUUACGUUUCAUCGAGGGAAGAUUCUUCAAUGAAGGAUUUUUCCAUUCGUUUUGUCUGUCCUACUGCAAAUAUUGGAGGUGUGAUUGGAAAAGGUGGUACUAUCAUAAAUCAAAUCAGACAAGAGACUAGAGCAGGUAUCAAAGUUGAUAGUUCAUCUACGGAAGGUGAUGACUGCCUAAUAACAAUAUCAUCGAAGGAGUAUUUUGAAGAUCAAGUCUCUCCAACAAUUGAAGCUGCAAGGCGCUUGCAACCCAGAUGUAGUGAGAAGAUUGAGAGGGACUCAGGAAUUGUUGCAUUUACAACCCGUCUCCUUGUGCCAUCAACACGUAUUGGCUGCUUAAUUGGUAGAGGAGGUGCUAUUAUCACUGAGAUGAGGAACAUUACAAAGGCUAACAUUCGCAUCCUUUCAAAGGAUGAUCUCCCAAAGGUUGCAGCGGAUGAUGAAGAAAUGGUGCAGAUCUCUGGUGACCUGGAUGUAGCUGAAACUGCUCUUAUACAUAUUGCGUCACGAUUAAGAGCAAACCUCUUUGAAAAGGAGGGGCAAGUGAUGCUUCCUGUUCUUCCUUAUGUCCCCCUUUCACCUGAUGAUCAUGAUUCCAUGCCAUAUGACGGUAGAGAUAGUAAACGACAUGGUCGUGGGCUUUCUUACUCAGGUGGAUAUGGUGGCUCAAAUGAUUUGCCCUCGGUUGAUCACUAUGGUAGCUAUGCUGGUAUACAGAGCACUGGUAGUGGGAGUAAUUAUGGUGUUUAUGGCAGCUAUUCAUCAGGGCGUAGUAGUUCAGGGUUAUCUGGUCAGGCUCCAGGCUCCAGAAGGAGACAAUAUUAUUAAGAUUAGCAAAGAGGUAUCUUCAGCUGAAACUUUGAAGCCCUGAAGCUAGCUUCCUGCCUCCUUUGACGAAGCCUCCUGCUUAAACCAGAAGACCAGAUCUAAAGCGUUUGACAAACAUUUGGCCAACCUUGAUGCUUUUGUCCAGGAGACCAAUUUAUUUGGAGAACUACAAUAUCAAACUUGCCAUGUCCAUGAUACCAAAUUUACCAAGCUCUUUCUAUGUUUCCGGUCCACUGAACCUAUGUAGCCACAGUAUGCCUUGAUUUGUCUUAGUUUGUUCUGCACUGUUAUUCAACUGUUCGAAAACGUUUACCGCUGUAACUUUUCAUAGGGUUUGAGUUGAUAAUUUUUCCAUCUUCCUAUUUGUUUCCCAAAACUUAGUGCUGAGUGUUUUCCCUUUAGUUGUCAUUGCACUUUAAUACCCAGAUCAUAUUCUAGAGAUAGCCCUUGAUGUUUUUAUAAUUCCUGUAGUUGGGUAAGUUAUUGAUAGUUUAAUCAGUGCUAUGCUUCCGGCAUUUAUCUCAUUGCUGCCAUCAUUUACCUUUACUCUUUUUGCCAUUAAUUCGACUUUGUGCUAUUUAUUCGACAGUCAUACUUAUUUAAUUGUAGGUUGCUCUUGCAAAUUUAUUAACAUUUUGGCUUAUUUAUUUUGCUGGUUUAGUCACCUGAAAGUUGGUUUUUGUUCUUUUAUGUUUUUAAAGAGGGGUGCAGCAAUUGUUUUAGACAUGAUGUCUAUUAGAAUUAAUAGAGAAGUUCUGUUACUUUAAGAUUAUAUAGCUUUACUGUGAAGUGUAAUGAAAGUGGUAGGUUUAUCUACAGCUAUAAGAGAUCCAAUACAAGCUUUAGAGUGUGUAUAUGUUCUACAUUAGGGUUGUGGCCUGUGGGUCAAUAAUAUGAUGAAGGUAAGUGGGAUUGUAGACAACUGUAAAUUCCUGUGACAAAAGCCUGAAGUUCGUAUUUAGAAUCUAGAAGGAUUAGACCUCUGUUUUUGGUUUUGCAAUUGGGAAAUUGUCUCUAGUACUUGGGGUAGACUAUCUUAUCUGUGGUGUGUUCCAAGCAGCUGAUAACAGUUGCUUUAUGUCGUCUCUCUUGCUCUUUCUCCCAACUCCAUUGAACAUACUCCAAACUAUUCUAUAAUCCUUAGUCCAUACCUCUCUUCUCAUCCUUUACCUGCUUAGAAUCUACCUUGGUCUAAAUUGUUAUUUUGCGCGAUAGGGUAUAUUUGAAGAUGUUAUGUUAUUGACCUUUCAGUCCUUUUGAGAUUUAAAGGUUAGCUUGUUUUGUCAAGCUCUAGUAGGAUCCAGGGAUUAAGACCUAAUUUUCAGACUAGUGAGAUUUACAAUGGAAGAUUUUGUUUGAGUGGUGUCAUUUUGUACCUUGCUUAAGGCUAUGUUAAGUUCUGCUUCUUUUUUUUCCUGCCUUGCUUGUGGAUUAUAUGUUUUAAAGUUACUUGACUUUUAACUUUUUCGGCUACCGUGAUUCCUUGUGGAGAUAUGUGCCCUCCCCUCUUCUCAAAUAACAUAAAACUACCUACGAUGUGGGAAAUGUUUUGAUUGCUGAGGAAUAUAGUUUUGUGUAUUUAUCUGCAAUGGGCAAGCCUUUCUGGCUCGUUUGAUUGGCGAUAUAAAUGGGGGAAUGAAAAUGAGGUGGUCUAUUUUUGUUACUGAAGUCUAAUCACUUUCACUUAGCACUCAUCAUUUAAAGUGAUUAUUAUCCCCAUUUAUUCGCUUACCUUACGAGUUGCUAGUGCUUAAGAAGAGAAUAUUUCAUGUUUGCUGGAGUCCCUGCCUUUGUGUAGUAUAUGCUAUUGGGUUUGCCCCUCUUCUUCACCAAAAAAAAAAAAAAAAAAAAAAGCAUAGCGGGCCCGUGCAGCUAUUUUAGGGCUUAAGUUUCAGAUUUGCUUGUUACACGUAAGUUAUGGAAGUGCAUCAGUUGAGAGAUAUAGCAGAGGUUGGGCAACGAUGAAGUUUUAUCUGAAACAGAAAUUCACAGAAAUUUGUUCGCUCGAUUGCAUUGAGAAUGUGAUGCCCUGAAUAAUCAGGGUGUAGGUGAUUUUACUGGCUGUUCAUAGCUACGCAGUUUAAUUUGUAUAAAUAUAUGGAUGUGUAUAAUGUAAUUUUGUAAUUUAUGUUUAGUGAAUUAUUUUUGUUCUAAACACGGAAAAUAAGAAAUUGGGACUAAUGUAACUUGUAUCUGAUAUCGUUUAUCCUUAAGAAAGUAUCGUUAACUUGGUA